UUUGGGGUUCGGGUGUAUAAACAAUCAAUCCAGGCCCCCACUUCGUGUCUUUUCGCUAGUUUACGCGUGGUGUUACACGUGAAAGCGGGUUUAAAUGUCAGAAAUGUGAAAUAAAGUAUUUUAACCUUUAAUACAACUUCAGGUGCAGCUAUUGCGAAUAAAGUAAUAAAUUGUGAAAAAUGGGUGGAAAAUACUCAUCUUUGGACCCUAUGGAAAUCGAAGUACCUGAAAUUGAUAAACUACUCUCCAGAGACCCUUAUCUCAAGCCGUUUGAGAAAGAAAUUCGUCGCCGAUAUGGCUGUUUUAAAGACUGGAUUGAAACAAUUGAUGAAAAUGGGGGCGGUUUGGAUAAUUUCACCCAAGGAUAUAAGUACUACGGGAUUCAUGUCCAAUCAGACAACAAAAUUGUAUGCAGAGAGUGGGCUCCAGGCGCUGUUCAGUUGUUUCUCACGGGAGAUUUUAAUGGCUGGAACAGAGACAGCCACCCAUACAAAAAAUUGGAAUUUGGUAAAUGGGAAUUAAUUAUACCGCCUAAACCAGAUGGAUCAUGUGCCAUACCACAUUUAUCAGAAGUGAAGGUGGUUGUGGAAACACAGUCUGGAACAAAAGAAGAUCGUUUGUCACCAUAUGCUACUUAUGUAGUUGAACCCCUAAAAGAACAAGGUACAAUAUAUAAACAAAAGUUUUGGAAUCCGCCAGACUCAGAGAAGUACGAAUUUCGUCACUCAAGACCGGUUAAACCGAAAGGUUUGCGCAUAUACGAAUGCCAUGUCGGUAUAGCUACAUCCGAAUUGACAGUUGGUUCCUACGAUAAUUUCACUGAUAAUGUUUUACCAAGAAUCGUAAAACAAGGCUAUAACACGAUCCAAUUAAUGGCAAUAAUGGAACACGCAUAUUAUGCCAGUUUCGGUUACCAAAUAACAAAUUUUUAUGCCGCUUCGAGUCGUUACGGAACACCAGAACAAUUAAAACGGUUAGUAGACCGGGCACAUGAACUCGGUUUAACCGUUUUACUUGAUUUGGUUCAUUCACACGCUAGUAAAAAUGUACUAGACGGGUUAAAUCAGUUCGACGGUACUGAUUCGGGUUUUUUCCAUGCGGGGGCGCGCGGAGAGCACUCAUUGUGGGAUUCAAGACUGUUUAAUUACCAAGAAUUUGAAGUGUUGCGAUUUUUGUUAUCUAACAUACGUUGGUAUAUGGAGGAGUAUAAAUUUGAUGGGUUUAGAUUUGAUGGAGUUACUUCAAUGUUGUACCAUUCGCGGGGUAUUGGCCAAGGUUUUAGUGGGAAUUACGAGGAAUAUUUUGGCUUGAAUGUUGAUACUGAAGGUUUAGUUUAUCUAAUGCUUGCUAAUUACGUUGCACACCAUUUAAAUCCUAAUGGUAUAACAAUAGCCGAGGAUGUGUCUGGAAUGCCUGGGACUUGUCGUCCGAUUAGUGAAGGUUGUCUAGGUUUUGAUUACCGCCUAGCCAUGGCUGUCCCUGAUAAGUGGAUAAAAUUACUAAAGCACUAUUCCGAUGAUGAUUGGAAUGUCGGUAAUAUAGUACACACUCUUACCAACCGAAGAUGGAUGGAACCUAAUGUAGCUUAUGCUGAAUCCCAUGACCAAGCUUUAGUAGGUGACAAAACCAUCGCUUUUUGGUUAAUGGACAAGGAAAUGUAUACUCACAUGAGUACUCUUUCUGCUCCCUCUCAAGUGGUUGAGCGCGGGAUCGCAUUGCACAAAUUAAUCCGUUUCAUAACCCAUGCUUUGGGGGGCGAAGCCUACCUUAAUUUCAUGGGAAAUGAAUUCGGCCACCCCGAAUGGCUCGACUUCCCCCGAGCCGGAAAUAACAAUUCUUAUCAUUAUGCGCGUCGGCAGUGGCAUUUAGUCGACGAUGAGCUACUCAAAUACAAAUUUUUGAACAAUUGGGAUGCUGCGAUGAAUCAUGCAGAGGAAAAAUAUGGCUGGUUGAGUGCACCUCCGGCUUAUGUUAGUUGGAAACAUGAAGAUGAUAAAGUGAUAGCGUUUGAAAGAGCCGGCUUGUUAUUUGUUUUCAAUUUUCAUCCAACUAAAAGUUUUGCGGAUUAUAAACUUGGAUUUGAAGGCGAAGGUGAAUUUCACAUCGCACUGUGUUCAGAUGAUAAGGAAUUUGGAGGGCACAAUAGGAUUGAUACUUCCAUUCAUAACUUCACGAAGCCGGAAAGUUUCUGCGGGAGGAAAAAUUCGAUUCAGGUCUAUAUACCUUCUAGGACUGCAAUUAUGUUGGCAAAAGUUUGAAGGAUUUAUUACAGUUUUGUUUGUAUUUUUUUCAUUAAUAAAUAAAAUGUUAUUUUUUUAGGAACAAAAAAAU